CGAUCAAAUCGGUCUUCUCAGUCCAUCAGAAACGUCGGAUCGCGUGAGAUCGAGAAUCGUGUCUGUGCUUCCUUGAUCUUCUCACGCGUAGACACACGUACAUACGCACACAUGCACGCAUACACCGAUCUUCGAUCGUAACACCACCGACGAUUACUAUCAUUCGACCUCACCCUCUUGUUCUAUCAAGGAUCUUCGAUCAUUUCAAGUUCGAUAACGAUUGGUACUUUGAUAUCGAAUAAUUGGGGAUCAAAUACACUAUCGAGGAUUCGGUAGAUCCUAUCGACGGACAAUUUUCUUACUGAUCGACGAUGGUGGUGUGACGUUGGUCACUGUACGAUUAUCCUUCAAUUCAGGAGCUGAUUCAUUAUCGUUGCGUUUCCAAUGAACAUCAGCAGUACACCCCCCAUCGACAGGAUGUCGAACAUCUACAACAACUCGGUGGUACGAUUUUACCAUUUCGUGUUCCACGAUCUAUCCGAUCCUAGGACGAAAGACUGGUUCCUCAUAACGUCGCCAGUACCUGGUGCCAGUAUUUUAAUCGGCUAUUUAUAUUUCGUUCUAUCAUGGGGUCCCAGGCACAUGGAGCACAGAAAACCAUACCAGCUGAAGAAUAUUCUAGUCUUCUACAAUUUCCUGCAAGUUCUACUUAGCUUUUGGUUAUUCUACGAGGGUCUGGACGCGGCUUGGCUUCGAAAGUACAGUUGGAAAUGUCAGCCAGUCGAUCAUUCUUAUUCACCGGAUGCACUUAGGGUCGCUAGAGGUGUUUACAUUUACUUCUUGGCCAAGAUAUCCGAGCUUCUGGACACCAUCUUCUUUGUUCUACGCAAGAAAGAAAAUCAAAUCACGUUUCUUCAUUUGUACCAUCAUACUGUGAUGCCGAUGGUUUCAUGGGGUGCGACCAAGUAUUAUCCUGGAGGCCAUGGGACUUUUAUAGGAGUGAUUAACAGUUUCGUUCACAUUAUUAUGUAUACGUACUACUUGCUAGCAGCCCUAGUACCCCAGUACCAGAAGUACCUUUGGUGGAAAAAGUAUAUCACAACCCUUCAGAUGGGACAGUUUUGCUUGGCAUUCUUACAUAGCUGCCAGUUAUUGAUCUACGACUGUGAUUAUCCAAAGUGGUCUUUGAUCUUGAUUCUACCGAACGCUAUGUUCUUCUACUUCCUGUUCGCUGAUUUCUACAGCCACGCGUACAGGACUGGCACGAGGCAUUUCAAAUCCGUAGGAAAGAAGGAGAACGAAGUGGUGAAGAAAAUGACGAACGGGAAUAUGCAAAAUGGAAAAGGGAAAACGGACUAGUCUGAAACAUGGUGGCUAAUGAAUGAUUUAUAAUUUUACAGAAUACUACGUUCGCAGUGAUCGUGUGUUCAAUGAUCGAAGUCCUGGUGAUAAUUGCUCACAAUUCAUUCGAGUCAAUUAGAUCUUUGUCAGAACUGUACCGCUUGGAACCCUGAAAGGCCCAGAAAAGGGAUUAGAAUCUGAGACGUGCGUGUGAGCUUUUUUUCGAGUAUUUUGUAGUAUAAAGUAGGAGAUAGGGUAAUAAUAAUUUGAUAAAUCGUUUAUACAUAUAUAGAUUUGCUUCGAUUUUGUACAUCUUUUUCGUCGAAUUAUCGCUGCUUUCUUUUUUUAUUUCUUCUAAGAGAGUGUAGAUAAAAUGGGAGACGUUUUACAUUAUAUGUAAGAUACUUAAAGUAAGACGAGUAAAUAGAAAGAUCAUAUGGAAUUUUAGAUACUUUUUUGAUAAUAGGAGAAUUAGAGUUGUCAAUUUUUCAAGAACUGAGCUGUAUUAGAAAGGUUGAAUCUUUCGAAAUCCUUGAUCUUCUAUAACGGUAAAAUGUUGUACCCUGAAUUGGUUGAAGCAUUGAAACUUAUUGUAAAUAUUAAUGAGCCAAUCUCAGGGACUGAGCUCGAUUAGACAAUAAAUAAAAAA